UUGCAGGCCGCACUUCCGGCCGCGGCGGCGGCAUGGGCAAGAAGCGGGACGCGGGGCUGGGCCGCUCCCUGCAGCGGCAGCGCGGCCUGGGGCACCGCGGCUCCUCCUCAUGGCGGCACACGAGCGAGGUGGGCGGCGACCGCGGGCCAGACCUGCGCUCGGCGCCCGAGCAGAGCCCGCUGGAAGAGUUCCUGGCCACGGCCGAACUGGCCGGCACCCGAUUUGUGGCUGAGCGUCUGAACAUCCAGUUUGUGUCUGCCCAGAGCUGCACUGGCCUGCUCACGGCCCAGGAGGCCCAGCAUGUCCAGCAGCUGCAUGAGGAGAACCAACAGUUCCUGCGCAUCCCACGAAGGCCCCGCUGGGACAGGACAACCAGUGUGGAGGACUUGAAGCAGGCUGAGAGAGAGAGCUUUCUCGAGUGGAGGCGACAGCUUGCCCACCUCGAGGAAGAGAAAAAGUUGAUUCUAACCCCGUUUGAGCGAAACUUGGAAUUUUGGCGCCAGCUUUGGAGGGUCAUUGAGAGGAGUGAUAUUGUAGUCCAGAUAGUAGAUGCUAGAAACCCCCUCCUGUUCAGAUGCCAAGACCUGGAGAGUUACGUUAAAGAAGUGAGCCAGGACAAGCAGAACAUGAUCCUGAUAAACAAAGCAGAUCUGCUGAGUGAAGAGCAGCGGGCUGCUUGGGCAGAGUUCUUUGAGAAAGAAGGCAUUAAGGUGGUGUUCUGGUCGGCCCUGGCAGAGUGCAAACGUCUGUCUGGAGAAGUAAAGGGACUAGACACUGAAGAUGUAGCAGAGGACCCAAAUGGUUCUGAGGAGGAAAGCUCCAGUCAAGAGGACGACGAGGACACAGCAGAAGACAGUGCAGAAAGCACAUCCACAGGCAACACUCUGCAAACUGUAACCCCAGGUCUGAUUAGUGAUAGUGACAGCAGUGAUGAAUAUGAAGACUGUGAAGAUGAUGAAGAGGAAGCCUGGCAAACCUGUUCUGAAGAUGAAGGCAGUGACAAAGUAAAUGCCCUUGCCCCAGAGAGGGUGGGAAGCAGGACUGCUGGUGCUGCAGUGCAGCAUGCAGUGCAGCAUGCAGUGCAGGAGCAGAACAGGAACAUCAGGAACUUCAGCCAUCUGGUACAGAGAAAUGAGCUGCUUGAAAUAUUCAAAACCAUGCACAAGGGACCAAGGGUGAAGGAUGGAGAAGUCAAUGUUGGGUUGGUGGGCUAUCCUAACGUUGGCAAAAGUUCAACCAUCAACACAAUCCUUGGAAACAAGAAGGUGUCAGUGUCUGCCACACCAGGCCGUACCAAACACUUUCAGACCCUGUAUGUGGAGCCUGGCCUGUGCCUGUGUGAUUGCCCUGGUCUUGUGAUGCCAUCUUUCAUCUCUACCAAGGCAGAAAUGAUUUGUUCUGGAAUUCUCCCUAUAGACCAGAUGAGGGACCACGUGCCACCCAUUUCUCUAGUUUGCCAGCAUAUCCCACGGAACGUUCUGGAAGCAACCUAUGGAAUAAGCAUAAUAAGGCCGAGGGAAGAUGAGGAUCCAGAGCGAAAGCCGACAGCUGAAGAGCUGCUAACAGCAUAUGGAUAUAUGAGAGGCUUUAUGACAGCACAUGGGCAGCCAGACCAGCCAAGAUCAGCUCGAUACGUGUUGAAAGACUACGUCAGUGGGAAGCUGCUGUAUUGCCAUCCACCCCCUGGAGUUGACCCAAAUGAUUUUCAGCACCAGCAUCAAAGGUGCCCAGAGAGCAGAACCAUGCAGGCCGCUGGGCAAAUGAAGCCUGAGAAGAACACCAAAGCAAAACAAAUUGAAAAUGUGGUAGACAAAGCAUUUUUCCACCAGGAGAACGUCCGUGCCCUGAUGAAAGGAGUCCGAGCUGCCAUGGGGUACCGGCCUGGCAGCGGCCUCCUGCCCGUGGCUGCACCCACUGCUGGCAACGUGGCAGGAAAGCCCUGGAAAAAGCAUGGGAACAGGAACAGGAAGGAGAAAAUUCGCAGGCUCACUAAGCACUUGGAAGCUUAGGUCUGGCACUGGUGUCAGGCCUUUCCAGCUCAGGGGCUCUGCUGUCCUGCAGGCCUGAACUGGGGCGGGGGAAAGGGAUAAAUGGGCAAUGCCAGCUCACCUGGGAGCCCUGUGCUGUGGAUUCACCUGGGGAGGGGAAAAGUGGGCUCAGAUAGUUGCAGCUCAUCCAUCCCUUCCGAGAGCAAGAGAGACCUGGCACUUGGUGUUACCUGGAAGCCAGCCCAGACCUUUGAGUGCUGCUGAAACAUCCUUUCAAUGGGAGCAGCUGGAGCCGUGCAGGAGUGUUUUUUCCCUUCCAUAAAGGAUGUGUUUUAUAGCUGUUGGGAUCAAAGCAAGCCCUGUAAAACUGACUGAAAGCUUUAAACCAGUUGAAUUGCAAUGAGGGAUGUCUGGAUGCUUAUUACAUUUGGAGAUACUCACUCUU